CAUUCAUUCAUUGUCGUCUGUCAUUUUAAUACGUAAUUUUCUUGACGAGGUCUUUGUUGCUUUAAUUUUAUGUUAUUGAUACUGAAAUUAGAAACAUGGUUGAUCCGAUAUUCGAUUACCAGUUUAGACUAAUUUUAAUUGGCGACAGUACAGUAGGUAAAAGUUCACUGUUAAAAUAUUUUACGGAUGGGAAGUUUGCAGAGCUGUCGGACCCCACAGUGGGAGUGGAUUUCUUCGCUCGGAUUAUAGAAGUGCAAGAUGGGACCAGGAUCAAGUUGCAGCUGUGGGAUACAGCAGGGCAGGAGCGUUUUAGAUCCAUUACAAAGUCUUACUACAGAAACUCUGUUGGUGCGUUAUUAGUGUACGACGUGUGCAACAGAUCCAGCUUCGAACACAUACCCCUGUGGAUGAUGGAAGCCAAGAGACACAUUGAGCCUCACAGGCCAGUGUUUGCCUUGGUGGGCUGCAAAAUAGACUUAGUAGGGACUGACAACAAAAGCGGCGCAAGGAGAGAAGUCACGUGUGAGGAAGCAAGGAUGUUUGCUGAAGAAAAUGGAUUACACCAUGUGGAAACAUCCGCAAAAACUGGUAUGAACGUUGAAGAAGCCUUUGUCCUGGUCGCUCAAGAGGUCUACAACCGCAUCCAAACUGGAGAAUAUAAGGUAGAGGACGGUUGGGACGGCAUCAAAACCGGCUUCAACCGUCCCAACGGCAUGGACUUCAAUCUUCUUGAAGCCGAAACUGUCCAAUCCACCUGUUGUUAAAGGAAUUAGAUUUAAACACCAUAAUUAUUGUACAUACUGACUCGUUAGAAUAGACUAAUAAAUAACAUUGUGUAAGCGUAAUUUUAUAUUUGGACAUAGAUAAGAUUUUGGUAUAAUGAAAGUCAUGAUAUAAUGAAAAAAUAGUCGGUUUUCGGCACAGGGAAGGGAUAAAGAUUACAUUUUGACAGUUUAUGUAAUGUAAUGCACAUAAAACAUUUUUUUAAUGGAUAAUUUUAUUUAUUAUUGCAAAUUUUAUAUUUGACAUCUAAAAAUCUAUCCACAAUGAUCUUUGUGUAACAUCAGUUUAUGCUACAUUUAUUUAUGAAAGACUCUUGUAAUAUGGCCAUAAUAAGUAUAGUUUUAAAAUUAUUAAUUUUUAUUUCACGCAGAAAUUUAAAUUAUACAGCCAAAUUAUUGAAAUAAUUAAUAGUUAUGUUAUGUAAAUAUGAACACUUAGAAAAAAGAAAAGUAUUUAAAGUCUUCAACCAAAGAAUACAAUUUCUGCUAAUCUCUCAAGUAAUUAGAGUUUACUAACUUACUAACACAACUAAUUUUAAAUUUGUACCUGCAACAUUGUGCAAUAAGCACACACGAUUAGUUAAGUAAGAUAUAAUAACAAAACUGAUAGUUUCAUUUUAAGUUUUAUUUUGAGCAGCUAUACCAUCUAAAUAACUACGAAAAUUAGGCUUUAGUCGACAAAUAUUUUUUUCUUAUUGUUUUACGAUAUAUUCGCAAACUUUAUAUUAAAACUAACGCAUUUUUAAAACUGACAAUGAUAACUAAAAACUAAUGAGUCCACAUUACUAAUAUGUGGUCAACUAUCUCUUGCUGAUUUCGCUCCCUCGUAUUCAAAGCAUUCCUCUCCAAAAAUUGGUAUGUUUCAUAUUGUGUCCCAGUUUCAACAAAACCCAAAUUGAUCUAGACUUCCGGUCUGAAUAGAUUUCCGACCCAAAGUUCGUCACAAAAGCCUAUCAUGUUGUGUUUGUGUCUGCGAUCGCUCCGUCCAUUAAUCACGCGGGCUAGGAAUGAUAAAACAAAUGAAUUUAUCAGUUUUGCUGCAAGUUAGCUAGUAUGUUGUUUUAGUUGCCUUGUAUAUUAGUCAGACGUUAAAUCAUUAUUAUUACAUUAACAAUUAUUAAAUUACGAAAGUAAGUUAACAGUUCCGCUCGUUAGUUAGCUUCACUUGUACGACUUUUUAAUAUAAUCCGUAGACAUUUCACUACCAUAAUUGCCAGGGAACAAAAGAAAUGUAUAAAAAAACUUGUAAUUUGAAUAUAAUAGUAAUGUGUUGAUUACAAAUUAUUUAACCGGGUGCGCGUUAUGUAUGAGUACAGUCAGACACAGAAUUGGAAUCAUUUAAAAUCAAGAACGGACGCGAUGAAAGUCGACACAAUAAAAAUAAUUUACCUACCAUUUCUGUGCCUGACUGUACCGAGUCAAGUUGUACUGCGUACUCAAUUUUAAAUUGUUACUACUAAUAUUUAAAAACGUGGAAACUUAUCGUAAAUGUACACGAGGAGUAACUUAAAAUGGCACAAGACCCAUCUAGCUGGGUCAAAUGGUGAUACCUGACGAUUAGCGAUUCAAGGUCCUCUGUAUCGACGCAGUUUAAACAAGAUAAUACAAUGUCGGUCAAUACGAUAUGCGCAUUUUAAUUUUGACUCAAUGAAUCGUUUUAAUUGUUGAUACAGUUAACCAAGAACGGGUGCUCAUUUUAAGUACUUUAUGUAAUUUUAAGGACUGACGUGUAAAACUAUACAAAAAGUAAAUGAUUUAAUGUUUUCAUUGUAAUUUUUUUGUUUGUGUUCGACUAGUGGUUAAGCCAUGCACAAAAGACUCAGGCCCCAGCUCUGCCACAAAUCACGUGAUGUGCCUCCAUUAUUUGUAGUUACACUUACUUGAGCAAUCGCACUUGUUCUAUCUACCGCCAAAAGUACAGUCUUCAAUAUAAAUGAGUGGCAAGCAUUCCCAUAAUCUUUGUAUGAUAUCCGAUAUGAUAGCCGAGCUAAUGGUAUAAAAACUAAAUGGGUAGUUAUUGAAAGUCCAUGUAUAAAAAGCAUACAUAA